GGACUAGCCUUUCUCCUAAUUCAGUUUCCCCCACCCCCACCCCGCGCCCCGAGUCAGCGUCCUAUUCCUUGGGGGUGGUUGAGGUGUAUGAUUGCGCAGGCAAAGUGAGGGUGUAAAACAAAGCGGAUUGGGGCGUUGCGUUACCUGUGCCUCGCGAGCCCCCGUAGCCUAGAGUGUCCGUUUCGCACAACCUGCUGGGAGUUGUAGUCCCGGACCCGGGGGUGCCUGGGAGGCGGGAGGGGGGUUGGAGUUUCUCAGCGCCGUUUUCGCGGGAAGGGCCCGGGGCCUCCCAUUUCGAGUCGCGGGAGCUGCGGGUCUUACCGGGAGAGACGCUGCACGUGGAGCCCGCGCCGCUGCCGUUCUCAGCCGGCUCUGGAGUGCGGGCGGGGGCGACGGGGCUGAAUCCGGAGCGGGGCUGAGCUUUUGAAAUACUUCACAACAAUGACGAAAAGAGAAGCAGAGGAGCUGAUAGAAAUUGAGAUCGAUGGAACAGAGAAACCAGAGUGCACAGAAGAAAGCAUUGUAGAACAAACCUAUACCCCAGCUGAAUGCAUAAGCCAAGCCAUAGACAUCAAUGAACCAAUAGGCAAUUUGAAGAAACUACUAGAACCAAGACUACAGUGUUCUUUGGAUGCUCAUGAAAUUUGCCUGCAAGAUAUUCAGCUGGAUCCAGAACGAAGUUUAUUUGACCAAGGAGUAAAGACAGAUGGAACUGUACAGCUUAGUGUACAGGUAAUUUCUUACCAAGGAAUCGAACCAAAGCUAAACAUCCUGGAAAUUGUUAAACCGGCAGAAACAGUUGAAGUAGUUAUUGAUCCAGAUGCCCACCAUGCUGAAGCAGAAGCACAUCUUGUUGAGGAAGCUCAAGUGAUAACUCUUGAUGGCACAAAACACAUUACAACUAUUUCAGAUGAAACCUCAGAACAAGUGACACGAUGGGCUGCUGCACUUGAGGGUUAUAGGAAAGAGCAAGAACGUCUUGGGAUACCCUAUGAUCCCAUACAGUGGUCCACAGACCAGGUCCUGCACUGGGUGGUUUGGGUAAUGAAGGAAUUCAGCAUGACCGACAUAGACCUCACUACACUGAAUAUUUCCGGAAGAGAACUGUGUAGUCUCAACCAAGAAGACUUUUUUCAGCGGGUUCCUCGGGGAGAGAUUCUCUGGAGUCAUCUGGAACUUCUUCGAAAAUAUGUAUUGGCCAGCCAAGAACAACAGAUGAAUGAGAUAGUUACAAUUGAUCAACCUGUGCAGAUUAUUCCAGCAUCAGUUCAGUCUGCUACACCAACUGCGAUUAAAGCUAUAAGUAGUAGUGCAAAGGCAGCUAAAGUACAAAGAGCUCCAAGGAUUUCAGGAGAAGAUAGAAGUUCACCUGGAAACAGAACAGGAAACAAUGGUCAAAUCCAACUGUGGCAGUUUUUGCUAGAACUUCUUACUGACAAGGAUGCUCGAGAUUGCAUUUCUUGGGUUGGUGAUGAAGGAGAGUUUAAGCUAAAUCAGCCUGAACUGGUUGCACAGAAAUGGGGACAACGUAAAAAUAAACCCACCAUGAACUAUGAGAAACUUAGUCGUGCAUUAAGGUAUUAUUAUGAUGGGGACAUGAUUUGUAAAGUUCAAGGCAAGAGAUUUGUAUACAAGUUUGUCUGUGACUUGAAGACUCUUAUUGGAUACAGUGCAGCAGAGUUGAACCGUUUGGUCACAGAAUGUGAACAGAAGAAACUUGCAAAGAUGCAGCUCCAUGGAAUUGCCCAGCCAGUCACAGCAGUAGCCCUUGCUACUGCAUCUCUGCAAACAGAAAAAGAUAAUUGAGCCCAGGACCUUCUGGGAGUCCAAGGUCUUUCUUAAAUGUUAGAGCAAGUAUUGCUCUUACCUUUAUUACUGAAUUUGAAUCUUCUUUUAUUUCUAGACUGUACGAUCUGAUGCAUGAUUUUUUUAUAAAUAUUUCAUACUCUUGUGAAUUUGGAUCUUUUUACUUUGAGCAUAUAUUUUAGAAAAUGUGUAUGUUAAAGGAUCACCACAAUGUCUUUCGGCAGAUUCAUUGUGGGAUAGUUUGUUAACAGUCAGGAAAGCUAAACUGGUCAGUAUUAAUGUCUAGCCCUACCAAAAAUAGCCGGUAGCAUCUGAGGUUGAAAAAUAAAUGAAGUAUCUCCAGGAAACAGUCUGGCUUAACUAUUUUUGAAAAUAUAACUGUUUCCCCUCUCUGCUGCUUUAGAUGUUGCUUUACAUAGAACCAGGAAUUUUUCACAGCUAAAGCAUGUAUGCCUGUUUCAUCUAAUCAAGCAGAGUUAAAAUAGUCAUAUCAAAUAAAAUUAUAAUAUUAAUUACUAAACUAAGAGUAUCACAUUAUUAGAGUAAUUUAUAUAUUUGCAAGCAAAGGACGAUAAAGGACUGGCAGGAGAGCUGUGCUGAAGAAGGAGAUCCAGGUUUAAAUCUGGCUUUACUCAAGCCAAUUUUAAGGAUUUACUGUAUAGACUAUUCCUAAUGUCAGGCCAAGAAUUUAAAUUAUUAUAAGAGAGGCAUUAAAUUUAAAUAAACCAACUAUUGCAAAAAUUCUCAAAUGAUCUCUGUUUCUCCUAUCAGAGAUUUAAAAAUCUGAAAAAGUAUACCUCAACCAGAAAAUAAAAGUUCGGUUUAGUUUGGUUUGGUAUGGCUUCCUUUUUUUUUUUUUUUUUUUAAUUACCCUAUAGUGCUGGUUUAUGACAGAAAGCAGUUUACAAGUUUACAUAGUCCUCUGUGUUUCUAUUGAAAUGAAGACUUUAAAUCAGUCAGCAGUACUUUACUUUUUAUGGCAUUAGGAGAUUACUUGAAGAUUUUUUUAAAAGGAAAUUUUGACCUCCAGUAUAGACAGUCUUCUCUUAAAAUUUUCCAUUUAUUUAAUUUUUUUCCUUUGAAUAUUAUAUAUGUGUGCAGGUAUACAGAUAUAUACAUGCGCAGUUGACCAUCAUAUAUAUAUGUGUGUGUGUGUGUAUAUACACAUAUAUUUACAUAUAUACAUAUAUAUACCUGUACACAUAUAAAUAAAAAAUGAUAUUCAAAAGGAAAGCUAUUUCAAAAGAUAACUCAUUUAAAAACAUUAAAAAUUAAAUAAUUCUUAUAUACAUGCAACUCUUUAUUUACCACAAGCCAACACUAAACAGAAAUGGCUAGAAAUGUCUUUCUUUUUUUGCUUGUUUGCUUUGCUUGGUUUCUUUCUUUUUUUCUUUUAGUUUGUGUUUUAAGGUAUUAUGCAUGAAUCAUGAUAUGAGAUACUGGCAAAUAGCCUUUGAUUCUCUUAUAGCAGAAGAUUGAUUCUCAGAUAUAACAUUAUGUACCUUCUCCCUCAUCAUCGCCUUUAAAUCCAUCUCCUUAAACAGCUUUAUGAGAGCUCACUUAAUGCUUUUGACUAACUAGGAGGAAAGGGCCAUGGCAAUACACAGGGGCAUUGCUAGCAGUUGCUGCCCCUAAUACCACAUAGUGGUUUGGAAAGAACCGAAGAAGGCAGAGAUCUUAAGAACAAGGGAAAGAGGAAGGAAUCUAAGACCUUUUCUAGUAACCUCAAAUCACAAUAUUAAGUGUUAUGCUCUGGGACUACAACGUGUAAUGGUAACUCAUUUAUAUUGUUGUAUUAAGUCAAAGACCCUGCCGUAGAAUCUAAAAAAGAAGAAAAUGUGUGAUUUCCAAGUUUACCUUUUUAUAAACACAUUCAGAGUAGACUGACAAAUUAUUAAUUUAAUUUGGAUACUUGAUUGCAAGAAUAUCUGCAAUCAAGUAGGAUAGCAAUAUGAAAUAUAUAGAAGCUCUAAUUUCAGAUAACAAAUAGAUAGCUAAAAAGAAUGUUUUACACCAUGAUGCUCUUAUGGCCUGGGAAGUUGACAAGUCAUUUAGUUUUAAAAUAAUGAUAAUAACGCCUGCUCUUCUGGCAAAUUAUCAAGAGCUUAAAAUUGCUGACUUUCUGAUUUAAAAUGCUGUGGGGAGAGAGAGACAUUAUGUUUUAGCUUAGAUGACAGACUUCAUUAUGUCUCAAUUGCAUGUGUAUAUACAUUUUUAAGACACAGGACACCCAUAUUCUAGAUCCCUAAAAUCAACCUAUCUCUUUUUUCCCUUGAGCAUUUCUCAGAUGCUUUAAAACAAAACAAAACACAUUCUAUCCAUUUUCUUCCUGUGGCAAUUUUUAUUUUAUUCCUCAAUAUCAUUUGAAUAGGGGCGGUUCUCGUACACUGAGAUCAGUUGCUGUUUCUGUUUUCUUCUUUGGCUCUCACCAUCAUUUUAUGCAGCGUAACAUAGGUAAAGUAAUAAGAGUAGUUUCCACAAUUGAUUCAAGAAACUUUCAUUACUUUGUCUAAGCUUCUAAAUAAACUAUUUCCAUUUUCCUUAUUGAGAUUGCAGUUUUCAGAAAGCCUAAUAGUCUUUUCUUUUAUUGGAAGAUAACUUGUGAAAGAAAAUAAAAAUUCAUGCUAUUCUUUCUUUGCUCUGUUUUUAUGAAUGAAUCUUCCAUAGGCAAAUUUACAGUAUAGUCAAAGGAAGAAAAAUAAAAUUAUGGGUCUUCUCUGAUACCAUAUAAGUACAAAAACAAUGAAAUGUUCAUUUUUGGUUUAGAACUUUUCCACACAAAAUUCUCAGCCAACUUUCAUAUGUAUCUUGCUAGCCCUAAGUUUGGAAGUUUGUGUUGGCAUCAAAAAAAUCAAACAAAAUAGGCAAAAUUGCUAUGCAGUUGAUUACCAAAUGAAUCGAUUCCUCACAUUCAUUUUUGUGUCAAUCCCUGUCAGUUAAUUAGAAAAAAAAAUUAUUUAGUUGUUUUUAUUCCCUGAUAAAUAAUGAAAUUGAAGUAUGAUAUUUCUUUAAAGGGUUGUGCCUCCGAAUAUUUUUGGUGAGGUCUGCUGUUUUUCAUAUUCAUCAUUUUAUGCUACUGCCUUUUAAAUAAACUAAUGUAUCUUUAAAUAGCACAAAAGUGUUUUAAAACUCAUAAUUUGAAAACAACUUGUGACUAACUUAAUGUCUUCAUAUCUGUAGGGUAUAAAAAUAUUGAUAUUUCAGUGAUAUUUCACUUGCUGCCAGAAAAAAAAAAAAUUCUCAGUCUUUUGUAAGAGGGAGGAGGAUUUUUGCAUACAUUUUUACUCUUUAAAUAAAGACACUUAUACUGUCAUAAUAACAA